AUGGCCCCAUCGCUAGCGGAGUAUUCCCCCCAGUCCGUGCUGGGGUACGGGAAGUUCUCUACAGUUGUUAAAGCUUCCCGUAAGGGGUCCACUGUGGCCAUUAAAAUCAUUCGAAAAGCAGACACUAGCACAAUCAACAAAAUCAACAAUAUACUCCCAUCUGUAUCGUCUUCCACAGACCCAGUUAAAAAUUAUGACAACGAAAUCAACAUAAUACGUGAGAUUUCUCCUUUUAGAUUCCAAAACAUCAUUCAGUAUUAUUCCAUUUACAAUUCAUCCAAUUGUGUCUACAUUAUUCAGGAACUCUCCCUAUACGGCGAACUGACACCAUCGAACUUCAAAACCCAACCCUUUUUCUUUUCAUCCAAACAAUCAGCCAAUGGUAUAAUGACACAGCGUGUCGUUGAUAUGGUGUCUUCCAUUUGUUUCCUACAUUCGCAAUCGAUAAUUCAUCGAGAUAUUAAGCCGGCAAAUUUCCUGCUUUGUUCCAAUGGGACGGUAAAAUUAACAGAUUUCGAUACUAGCUAUAAGCUGGGGAAUAAGAAAACCGACAAGAUGAACUUGCACAAAAAACUGAUUGGAACACCUCUAUUCAUGCCGCCCGAACUAUUGACAAAUUCUACCUCUGAAGCUGCGUUCUCUCCUACGUCUACUUUGGCAUCCAACUCUUCCUCUAAUAGCGAACCUUCCAAGUUUUCAAUAAUAACGAAGAAAUUGAAGCUCUUCAAUAGCAAGAAGAACGAUUUUAACCCAUUUAUGUUGGAUAUCUGGUCUUUAGGCGUAACUUUGCACUACCUCUACUACUCAAAGUAUCCAUUUUACGCUGAUAAUGAGUUCACACUCCUUCAUAAAAUAGCAACUACUUUCCCAGAUACACCCAGUCUUGACCAUCAAACGAUGCUUUCAAAGCUAAUCUUGCAAUGUUUGAACAAAGACCCUUCUAAGAGACCUUCUGCAUCCACAAUUCUCAACGACUUCCAUAAGUCAAGUCCUCCGAUAUCCAAAGGCUCGUCUGUGUUAUCGGUACUCAACACAGCGGAUGAUCUAAAGAUACCUUGCGACGAAGAAGUUGAGUCUACCACUAUCACUCAGAAGCACAAUUUUCAGUUGCCUAUAUUUAUGUCUCCACCACCAACGAUAAAUAAACACUUCAAUCGUUCAUCAUCCUCUUUACCCGUUCCUAAACAAAAUGAUAACAGAGACUCCAUCCACACGCUGCCUGCUAAUUUUAAAUCUAUCUCUGGUUCAGGUAGGUUGAAGCACAGUGAUGCAAUGAACUUCAAAAAGUUCCUAGCUAAUGAUGAAUCCAAGAAGCAAACAAUUACAAUGGAGGAAUAUUUCGAUAAUCUAUAA